AUGAGUGACAGUGACGCUUUUGAAUAUGAUGAUGACGAUGCAGAUAUCCAUAUGACUCAAAAAGUUAUUAAAGAAUGCUGCCGUGAACAUGGUUUAUAUCUAAUACCAGAAUUAAAUGAUUCACUCCAUCUUGAAGCCAAAGGUUUUGCAUCUAUUCACGGUUUGAAGAAGUAUACAAACAUCAAAGAGCUGUGGUUAAGUGGAAACUGCAUUUCAAAGAUUUCUGGCCUCGAUACACUUAUUAAUUUAACGAAUUUAUACUUGUCAGAUAAUAUAAUAACAGAAUUAGAAGGUUUAGAGAAUCUUGUUAACUUAGAGCUUCUCUCUAUAUCUGGAAACAGCAUUAAAUACAUUAAAAAUCUCGGAAAUUGCAAGAAACUCAAGAAUUUAGAUGCUGAUAGAAACAGAUUAUCAGAUCCUCAUUCACUUGAUGGACUUCUUGAAUGCCAAUCUCUUGAAAUUAUUCACUUAAACAACAAUGGAAUUGAAGAUCCUUCAGUUCUAGAAAUAUUAGACAAAUUACCACAUCUCAAAGUCAUACACUUGGAUGGAAAUCCAAUUACAAGAACACUCACGAGCUAUCGCAGAAAUAUGAUUUUAAGAUACCCAAAUCUCACGUAUUUGGACGAUGAGCCAGUUACAGACAACGAAACGAGAACUGUGGCUGCAUGGAAGACUGGUGGAAAGCAGGCAGAAAUGCUAGAAAGAAAGAAAAUCAAAGCAGAACAAUACGAAAUGGAACAGAAGAAUUUUGACGAUCUUACUCAGAUCCAACGCAAUCACUGUAUUUCAUCUGGUAAAAAUAUAAAAGAUUUCCCAGAUUUGAUGACAGAAGAAGAAAAAAAGAAAUUUAAUCAAAAAGUAGUAGAAAUAAACGAAAAUGGUGAUGAAGAAACUCAAAACACUGAAGAAAAAGAAAGUAAUGAUAAGGAAUCUGCUCAAAAAUCAGUUGAAGAAGAUGAAAAUUCCAAAUUUUCUCAAAAAUUCCAUAAAACACCCGAAAAACAGCCAGAAUCACAUGAUGUAGAUGAUGUCGAUUAA